GAGUGGCCCAAGCUCAAGGAAGAGAUCCUGAACGUCCGACGAGCCCAGGCCGCAGCGGUGGCAGCGCAGAACGGGGUGGCCCCGAUGGAUCUCUCUGCGUUCAACAACCAGGGUGGCAAAGGGCGCUGCAGGAUCUGCAAUGGCAAGGGCCACGACGAGAGGAACUGCUGGCACCGCAAGGGCGGGGCCGGGACAGGCAAAGGCAAGUCGGACAGCAAGGGCAAGUCGAGAGGCGACUCCAAGUCGAAGGGGUCCUCGAAGGGCGGAAAGGCAAAGGGCGGCAAGGCCGGCAAGGGGCCGAAGUGCUUCAACUGCCAGGAGCACGGGCGCACGUCCAAGGACUGCCCGAAGAAGAAGAAGAAGAACAACUUGCGCAUGAUGGAGCCGGAACCCGAGAAGGCGCUGCGCGGGCUGUGGCUCGCUCCGUUCACGGUCGACGAGAAGGGCGCGGCGCAGAAGCUGGUGCACGAGCUGAGCAGGCUCGGUGCGGACACGGCGCGGGCGUCCCGCAAGAUGGUGCUCGGUGUCGACUCGUGUGCAGCUACGACGGUCGUGCCAUCGGAGCUGGCGCCUGACUACCCGACGUACGAGAAUGACAUGAGUGCGAAGGGCGAAGGCUACAGGACCGCGAACGGCGGCUGGGUGGCUGACGAGGGCGCUAAGGAGCUCAUCGGGUCGGUGCGCAACGCGGGCGGCUCGGCGCAGGUGAGGGGCAUCAAGGCUAGGGUCGCGAAGGUCAGCAAGGCACUCGCCUCUGUCUCAGAGAUGGUCGACGCAGGCCAUCGGGUCGUCUUUGAUGCUGGCGGCAGCUAUGCGGAGAACAAGUCGACAGCGGUGAUUACACCGUUCCAGAGGCGCAACAACGUGUACGAGAUGGAGAUGGAGCUGAUGCCGUAUAGCAAGGCGAAGGACGUGAAGGGCCGCGCGGGGGCCUGGUCCAAGCCCAGCGCGAGCGGCAAGAAGCUGAAGGAGAUCUGCAUGGUGAGGAGCCACGCGGAGGAUGCGAUGCCAGUCGUGGCGUUUGACUACGGCUACUUCGGCAGCGGCGAGGACGCCACCCCAAUUUUGUUCAUGAGGGACUCGCUGCGCAGGUACACGGGCGCGGAGGUGUUGACCUGCAAGGGGGCGGCGCGCGCGCACAGUGCCAACAUGCUGGUGAAGUUCGCGGUCAACGGCGGCUGCAAGAAGGUGGUCUUCAGGUGCGACAGCGAUCCGAGCAUCGUCGCCCUGAGGGACGAGGCCGUCAAGAGGCUCAAGAAGGACCGCGGCAUGUCGAACGGUCUAGCUAAAGGGGCUGUCAGAGAGAUCAGGGGCCUGACGAGGGCCCUCAAGCACGCGGUGGAGGAGAUUCACGGAGUCACGAUCGGCCCGGAGCACCCGUGCCUGCCGUGGAUGGUGAGGCGCGGCGCAGCAGUCCACAAUCGAGGUCAAGUGGGCUCGGGCGGGCGCGCGCCGUACGAGCUGAGGAAUGGGCGCGCUUAUAAGAGGGCGCUCCCGGCGUUCGGUGAGGAGGCGUUCUACCUGCCAGUCGGCAAGAGGGAGUCGAGGCUGGUGGGCAGGUGGCUGGAGGGCGUCUUCUACGGGAUCCGCGACGACAGCGACGAGGUGUACGUGGCGACGCCGAAGGGCGUGAUGAGGGCCAGGAGUGUCAAGAGGAUGCCAUUGGCAGCGAGGAGUGACAGGGCUCUUUUCUCAGAGCUGCAGGGCGCGCCGUGGCGACCUGUUCCUGGCCAAGGAGGUGAAGGGCUCGAAGUGCCACCUGCCAUGGCGAAGGUGGCGGCGGAUCAGGUGGUGCCAGACGUGGAUCUGCCCCCUGUUCCAGGACCUGUGGGUCCUCCUGCUCCGAGGAGGGUCUACAUCAGGAAGGGCGUGGAGCUGGGGCGCUACGGGCGCGCCCCAGGUUGCAGGGGCUGCGAAGCAGCUCGGGGCAACCAGCGUGCGAUCAUGCACGGCGAGGAAUGCCGAGCGAGGGUCGAGAAAGCGAUGGCGGACGACCAGACGUUCGGCGGUGGAGCUCGGGUGACAGAGGCCCACCUACGGAGCGCCAAGCUCAUCUGGGACAGCGUCGGAAGCGUUCCAGCGGUGGCGGAAGUUGCCAUGGGCGACGCGGCGGAGAUUGGUGCGCUGCUGGAACAGCUUGGUCUCGACAGCUUGGAUUUGCAGGAAGUGUUCAACCCAGGGGAGUUCGCCAAGGGAGCUCCAAAGUUCAACCUGAAGCCAGGCGUAGCGAUGGACCUCAUGACGGGCUGGGACUUCCGGCUCGAGGAGCAGCGGAAGCGAGCGAGAGCGGAGAUCGAGGAGGGAGACCCUGCCUUCUUCAUCAUGUCUCCUGUAUGCGCCCCGUUCUCACAGCUGAUGGAGUUGCUGCAGGCGAGCGGCGAGCGCGACGAG